GUAGUGGCCCGCGACUCUCCGAACCCCGCUCGCGCCCCGACCCUUCCCGGGCGCUCGGCCUCCUUCCUUCCCUCCUCCGCUCGCCCCGUCUUCCGUGCGCGCCGAGCGCUGCGCUCGGCCGGCGUGCCUCGCGCCCUAACGGGCGGCCGGGGGCGCCAAUCAGCGGGCGGCAGGGUGCCAGCCCCGGGGCUGCGCCGGCGAAUCGGCGGGUCUCGCGGCCCGGGGUGGGAGGCGGGUCUACCGCGCGGCCGCGGCGGCGGAGCAGCUCUCAGCCAGCAGCCAGCGAGCGCCGAGCGAGCCGCUCGGAGCCCCUCAUCCCAUUCGGAAGAGGAAGGAACAAAAGGUCUCGGACCCCCGGCUCUGACGGGGCGGGACCCGGAGCCUCGGCGCGCAGGUUAGGCGGAGAAGUGUCUUUUCUCAGCGUGGGCCGCGGCCUUUGGGAAGAGCAUGUCGUCCAUAUUGCCCUUCACUCCGCCGGUCGUGAAGAGACUGCUGGGAUGGAAGAAGUCAGCUGGUGGCUCUGGAGGGGCGGGUGGAGGAGAGCAGAACGGACAAGAAGAAAAGUGGUGUGAGAAAGCCGUUAAAAGUUUGGUGAAGAAGCUAAAGAAAACAGGACGAUUAGAUGAGCUUGAGAAAGCCAUCACCACUCAAAAUUGUAAUACUAAGUGUGUCACCAUACCCAGCACUUGCUCUGAAAUUUGGGGACUGAGUACACCAAAUACGAUAGAUCAGUGGGAUACAGCAGGCCUUUACAGCUUCUCUGAACAAACCAGGUCUCUGGAUGGCCGCCUGCAAGUGUCUCAUCGGAAAGGACUGCCGCAUGUGAUAUACUGCCGAUUGUGGCGCUGGCCUGACCUUCACAGUCACCAUGAACUCAAAGCCAUUGAAAACUGCGAAUAUGCUUUUAACCUUAAAAAGGAUGAAGUAUGUGUAAACCCUUACCACUACCAGAGAGUUGAGACACCAGUUUUGCCUCCGGUGUUAGUGCCGCGGCACACUGAGAUCCUGACCGAGCUGCCUCCUCUGGAAGAUUACACCCACUCCAUUCCAGAAAACACUAAUUUCCCAGCGGGGAUUGAGCCACAGAGUAAUUACAUCCCAGAAACGCCACCUCCUGGAUAUAUCAGUGAGGAUGGAGAAACAAGUGAUCAACAGUUGAACCAAAGUAUGGAUACAGGAUCUCCGGCAGAACUAUCUCCUACUACUCUUUCCCCUGUUAAUCAUAGUUUGGAUUUGCAGCCAGUUACUUACUCAGAGCCUGCAUUUUGGUGUUCAAUAGCAUAUUAUGAAUUAAACCAGAGGGUUGGAGAGACCUUCCAUGCAUCACAGCCCUCACUCACUGUAGACGGUUUCACAGAUCCAUCAAAUUCAGAGAGGUUCUGCCUAGGGUUGCUCUCCAACGUCAACCGAAAUGCCACCGUAGAAAUGACAAGAAGACAUAUAGGAAGAGGAGUCCGCUUGUAUUACAUAGGCGGAGAAGUUUUUGCAGAGUGCCUAAGUGACAGUGCAAUCUUCGUGCAGAGCCCCAACUGCAAUCAGAGAUACGGCUGGCACCCGGCAACAGUGUGUAAAAUCCCACCAGGUUGUAACCUGAAGAUCUUCAACAACCAGGAAUUUGCUGCUCUUCUGGCUCAGUCUGUUAAUCAGGGUUUUGAAGCCGUGUAUCAACUAACUAGAAUGUGCACCAUAAGAAUGAGUUUUGUGAAAGGGUGGGGAGCCGAAUACCGAAGGCAGACGGUAACAAGCACUCCUUGCUGGAUCGAACUCCAUCUGAAUGGGCCUCUGCAGUGGUUGGACAAAGUGUUGACUCAGAUGGGAUCCCCUUCAGUGCGUUGUUCGAGCAUGUCCUAAAGCUUCGGCACCAAGCAAGCGCCAUCAAAAGACUCCAUGUAACAACUCUUCUGUCAUAGUAUUUGUGUGUGGUCCCUGCGGACUGUUUACUGUCCAAAAAUUCCAGAGAGAAAACAGCACUUGAGGCCUCGUCAAGUAAAGCACCUUGUGGAAUCGGUUUCCUAUAUUCGAAUAUUAGAUGGGAAGAUUAGUGUCUAGAAGUACCCUCCCAUAAAGGAGAAAGAGAAGACUUUAAAGACUUGACUGAUGUCUUGUUGGGCCUAAAACUGAGUGUCCCAAAGGUUUAUGAAUAACAGUAGUAGUUACGUGUACAGGUGAUGCAUCAUGGUCCAGUAUCACAGUAUUGUGCUGUUUAUAUCCAUUUUUAGUUUGCAGAAAUUAGGUGUGUGUGUGCUGCUUCUUGAUUUAGGCAAGCCUUUAUAAAGUCACAGUACCUAUUCUGUUAUUCCCACUUCUCCGUUAUUUUUGUGUGUCUUUUUUAAUAUAUAAUAUAUAUCAAGAUUUUCAAAUUAUCCUUUAGAAGCAGAUUUCCCUUGUAGAAAAACUAAUUUUUCUGCCUUUUACCAAAAAAAUAAACUCUUGGGGGAAGAAAAGUGGAUUAACUUUUGAAAUCCUUGACCUUAAUGUGUUCAGUGGGUCUUAAACAGUCCGUCCUUUUGUGUUAUUUACUGCUAACUCUCACCAUAAGGAAACUUUGCAGAAAAUCUUUUCAGCCCUCUUCUCCAUCCCCGCUUUUGCCCUGAUACCAAAACUGUGUGGCCUGACACCUGUCACUAGUAAUGGUGGCACUGAUGCUGCCGGUGCCAGUUAGUUCUGGGGCACAGCAUGAGCUCACACAGAGUCAGUCCCUCUGUCUUACAGAUUUCAGCGGGCAGUAAUUGACUUGCGUGACCAAGCAGUCGGGUGAUUUACCCUUGCACCUCAUAAAAACACAAAUGGCAGUAUACUUAUUUUCAGGGAUGUGCUACAGUGAUUUCAGUAUAUUUAUCCUUUUUCUUAAAGCCAAUCUCUAGAUAUAAACACUCUUUUUUAAAGACUCUCUUAAAAUAUUUCAGUAGCAGACCUAGUGCUCUUUGGGUUUCGCUGACUUAGUUACCAGAUUGUAUUAGGAAAUAGACCUUUUUGUAAAUGCAGUUGCUUCGGCGCGAUACCCACAAAAGUGAUGCUGAGGUACGAUCAGCAGAUAAGGGCCAUCUGUUUUUAAAGUAUGUUGUAUUAAAUUUAUAAAGUGUAUGUUAUUUUACCUAAUUAUGAAUUCAGAAUUUUAAAAAUUGAGGGAGAAGCAGUUUACUAGCAAGUUUUUUUAGCUUUUAAUUAUCUACAGCAGAGGUGUUCUUAACUGAUCCUGAAUAUGUGAUUGACUAUUAGAACCAAUGACCUUUAUGCUCUGACAGAUCCUGGGAGCUCUGCUGGUGGCCUGCUCAGUGGAAGAGAAUCCUUGUGUCUAACGUUAAGUCUGCAGUUUUAACAGUUCUCGCUUGCAUCUCUUUAGAAAUGGGAAACAGCCACUCCUGACCCCCUACUAGUAAAUUUUCAUAUUUUUGAAGAUAUAAGACAUCUUUGGUACUUGUUCUUUGAAACCGUAUUUAGCUGUCUCUACAGGUAUCAUUUUCAGUACUGUCAGUGUUUGGUUGUUUGUUUUCUAUUAGAUGUUCCCCAUUUUCCUGUAUUUGUCUGUACACGUAUGUGCUCAUGUAAACUUGGUAUGGUGAGUUUUUUAUUCUUUCAACAAAUACGUAGCUGUUCACCUGUUACGUACUCCAGGAACUUUCUUUGCCUUGGGUAAAGGUGAACAAGACAGAUCUGGUCCCUGCCUUGGCUGAGACUCCAGUUACCGUGGCCCUUGCUCAGCUUAUUUGUCUAUGAAGGAGAUAAACAGGGUACUGUGGUAGAGCAUGGCAGGGAAGACUUCUCCAAGGAGGUGACGCUUGAGCUGACAUGUGAUGCGGGAAGGGAGCAGACGGUGGGGGAAGCCAGGGAGAUGGGCGUUCCUGGCAAAGAGAACGGCAUCAAAUGUGAAGUCUCAUUUCAAGGGAAACUCAUUGUUAAGUAUGAAUGCUUACAUAGAAAUCUCUACACAGAUCGGAACUGGAGGAUCAGAAGGGGUCUAUAAUUUGUAAUAGUUGAGGGUGGCCUUAUUUUGUGACAGAUGGCUUCAUGUGUUCAGGUAUGACCACUGUCGGGCCGUCUGGAAAUAACCCAGGACACGGGGUACUUGAGCUUACUUGAGAACCUGUGGUGAUGUUGGGGAACGGUUGCAGGGACAGAGAACAACCUUGAAAGUGGUAGGCAGUCCUGGCAAUCAGCUCCUCUUGCGCUGCUGUGUCCCGUGAAGCAGUGCCAAGUGUAUCGUCUCAGCAGUGAUUGCAUCUCUGCGACGGUGUUGGGGUUCUUCUGUGCGACAUUAAACUGAGACUCAGCUCUUCGGAAACACCUGUAGUACUGGAAGCUUGCACCUGUCGAGCAGUCGACUCUGUUGCUGUUCGAUGAUUUUACGUGCUUUUUAAGGAGAUGCUGUGUUUACAUUCUGUUUUGUCUGCUGUGGCCUAGUUUUUGUUGUUUUCCCUCCCCACCCCCUUUACUGGGAUUGUUUUCAUUCUUCUGAGUGAUAAGUUCUCCUCUCUGUUGAUUGUUGUCUUUAUUUAAGUUAGCAACAUUAUUUAGAAUUCCCCUUCCAUGGCACUGGUAAUUUUCUCUGUUUCACAUGAGAACUGAAUGAACAUAUUUUCUGUCACAUUUCUAAGAUGAAUGGUUGUUUGCACGUAGGGGUCUAUAGAGGGACGUCGUGGGGCAUCAGAGGCCGGUGACAUUCCCACUGACUUUGGUCUAACCAGUGGCAGCUUCAUUUUUGUCCUGUAAUGGAGUUCUAUUAUAGAUUUCUUUUUAAAAAAGAGUUUUACUGCUUAAAAAUAAAAAGUUUCAAAAGUCUGUGUAAGCACUGUGUAGGAUUAGGACACAUGACUGGACCUCGGCCCACUUUUUGGAACAACCCUGUUUGUGUUCUUUUCUCCUACUUCAGGGAACCUUCCUCAUUCGGUUUGAGCUAAUGCCAGUUAUACUAAUUAUACAGAAUGCCAUCCAUUCAUUCCGUAAACAUUUGUGGAUGUCUGCUCUUCAUCCAGUGGUAGGUGCUCAGUAAAGAAAAGAUGACUGGGAUUUAGUCCUGGCCCUCAAGCUGUAGGGUUACUUCUUCUCUCAGGACCUGCCUCUUUGCCAGAAGGAAAUCUGCCUAACGUUUGUCAAAAGCGAAAUACUUGUAUUCUGUAUCCUUAAUUCUGUAUUCCAGGUAUAUAAUUGCAAAUUGUUUAAUAUCUAGUUUGGUUUGUUUUUUAACUUUAAACCAUAUGCAAUUUUGCUUGAUUCUUCUGCCUUUAAAUGUGUCAGAUUUUCUUCUUGGUUAAAAUUACUUUAAUUUCAGUUUAUUUGUGCCUUUUAGGUCGGUUUCAAUCAAGACUAAGACACUGAAGGUGAAGAACAGUCUGGUCUCUUGCUAAUUGAAAUCAAGGAAAGGAUUAUAUAUACCCAGUUGGUUUCUCUACCUCUUCCAAAAGCUGUCCAAAUAAACCUUUAAGAUCUUUCUGUCCCCCCCGCCCUGCAAAAUGCUUUUGAACAUUUAUUCAAUAAUCAGCACUCUCCCUGGUCUGGUUGAUGGUGAGUUAUAAAGUAACACAAGAGAAUGUUCACUUUGCUUAAAACUUGUCUUUAUGUCCUCUUGCUUUAAAUGGCUGCACAUGGUAAUUUCACAGACUGCCCCCUUCCACACCAUCUUCCCUGUCUCUCUAGAUAACUAGGUAGUCUGUGGACAUAAGCAACAUGUGAUCUUUUACUCUGAUCCAGCUCACCAAUGUUCAGACUUGACAAAUUAUGCCCAGUUUCUUUCCUUCAUGAGCUUCACUUUGCUAAAUUCUUAAUAAUUCAUCAACUGAAUUGUAUUCUUCCCCCCUUUCUUAUGAUGGGACAUAUCCCUGUGAUCUUGCUGGUUGCCCUCUUGCCAACCAUGUUUUAUCUGCAGACAUCAUUGACCUUUACUAAAGACCAAAAACGAUGGUGCUUUUCAUAGCCAGGGUCCUAAUUUCUUCACCAUGGAGGUUGAUGCUAUUCCAGUUGGUCAGUCACUUAAAUCUUACAGAUGGCUGAGAAAUUCUUUCCAGUUAAAUAUCUUUGUGACUAGUAAAUAGCAUGAAUUACAGAUUCUGUUUUAAAUUAUGUUUGGGAUUUGGAACUUUUCCAGCAGUCGCAGCCAAUGAUUUUCCUGUAACACCAGCCCAUUUCCACCUUGGAGCGUGUUGGGUUGUUAGUACGAUCAAGAGUAAUGAUGACAGUGGUCAGAAUCCUACUAUUGAGCUCCUUUUAUACCCUUUCAGGCUUUCAUGAAUAUUUUAUCUGUUCAGACUACCUUUUAUAUGUGGAGAUUGAGGGACAAAUCAUCUCUUAGAGUGGAAUUCCUGUGUUCAGAGCCUCAACCAGGAAAUGUCAGCUAUCCUAGAUUUAGACGGCCUCGUGAUAAGUCUUUAUGGUAAGAACUUGUCUAAUAUGUUCAUGUAAUUUCGUGAAUAGGAAUGAUUUUAUCUUGGAUAUUAUAGGUAACUUUAUACAUAACAUAACUGCCUUAAAUCUUUUUAGCAGGAAACAAAUUCUAUUAUGUGUGUAUAUGGAUUUACAUAUGCAUACACACUCCUAAGAAAACCUUAACAGAAGGGGUCAUUUAUCUGCUUACAUUUUAACAUCCCUGAAUAAUUCUGUUGUUUAAAUCUCAGAGCUCACUGAGAGUUCCUUAAUUUGCUUGCAGACAUUUUUCCUUUCAGACCUUCAGAGUAAUUUAUUUAUUCUGCCAGAGUCCUGAUUUGGCAGUUCAGUUAGUAUGCCAUUUUUAGGUAUCUUGAUAAUUAAGAAUCAUAACUGGAAUUCAUUAACAUCAAAUAAAACUACGAUAGACACCCAUUCAUUAAAUUAUUAUACGUCCAGUGGUCUCUGAAAGGUACUAGUAGGGUUUUUGUUUUGUUUUGUUUUUUUAAUGUUAGAUUGCCAUUCACUAUUUUCCUCUUGGCUUAAGAUUGCCAAGCUGCUGAAGAUACCUGGGAGGUAGCACUACCAAGUGAAGUUCUCCUGUGGUUAAGGGCAGCCCGAAGGUGGUUCAGACCUGACUUUUUUAGCUGUGCUCAACAGAAACGGAUUUUCCAAAGUUCUUUGGGUCAUCUCUGAUCCACAGACCUCUGACCAGAGUAUGUUAGCCUAAGUUAACUUCAGUGUCCAUUGAUUUGCUGCCAUGAGGUCUGUGAUCGACCCCACAUUUCAAGCACUGGUGGAGGUGGAAGGGCCCUUGGGAGAAUAACGCUGUUGUUGAUGGGAGUGAGAGGGGUUGUCAACACCACACAAAGGACCUGAGGAUUUUUCUCCAGAAAAAUUCCUACAAAAUGAUGUUCUCCUACCCUUCAAAAACAUGAAAGCUCUUUGUUUCUUCAGAAUUUUCAUUGAGGAACUAAGGAUUUAUUUCCUCUUUCUAAUUAAAGAUGAUUAUUUAUUGAACCAUGAACUCCAUAAUAUACUGAUACAAGGACAAAAGUGAAGUCUUAGAACUCUAAAAAUACUUCAUUAUAUAUUUUGCUUUUCACACUUCACACUCCUCUCUCUCUCCGUGGCUUUAAAGCUUUUGGCUAUUUUACACUGUUAGUCACUAGAUAACUUGCCAUAUUUCUGGUUCUAUAUUAAGUUCUACCCUUUAUAAUGCCGUAGCAGAAAGUUGAUUCUCAGCAUCUGUCUGUAGGGAUAGAAGUCUUACUAAAAGUCUCUUCCAAAGAGGUUUUCAUUUUCAUUUUUUUUUUAGUAAGUCCCUUAAGAAAUACGUCCGUUUCGUUUUUCAUGUUCUUGGAUUGUUCAAACAAAAAAAUACAUUGGUGAGAAUAGGGUGCUCUUCUGGUGAAUGUAUGUACCUGCUUUAAGAAUGUAGUCAUUUGUCGGUUUAUGUAACUACCAUACACAGAUUAAUUUAAAUUGGGGGAAGUCAUCACAUGUAGCAAGUAGGUAAUCUACAUGGAUUUAAUUUUAAAAAUCCUGUUUCUAGGCAAGACGCAGAACCCAAAUUGGUCACUUUUUAGACCAACUUUACCUCAGGCUUCAUUUUUGCUUUUCUGACCCUGACCUUUAAGACAUAAAUAUUUGCAUCUUUUUAUUAGUGAUAGUGAAGCUACGACACUAACCAUUUUUACGCAAGAGGGCAAAACAAGAAAAACUAGAGACGAUGCCGAAAGCAGCUGUGCAGUUGUUGACCUAGAUCACAGCGUCGUAGGCAAAAUAAAAAUGUUCCUAUCUGAGAACACUCUUUGCCAUCACUUCCCAAGGCCAGACCUUCUGGCAGAACGCUGUGAAAAGUUAACAAUUCCGGGCCUUCGUCAUCUGAGGGGAAUAUCUCCCGUUGGCAGCCUUCUUUUCAAUAUAUGAAGCAAGAAUGUGGGAAAUAGUUGGCAAAGAAUGUUUUCACCUAAAAAAAGAAAAUGAAAAGACAUAUAAAACUGAAUUAUUCAUUUAGCCCUGAAAAUCUCAGAACGAGUCGGUGAAAUACUAUAUAACUGGACAAAACCAGAAGAAGCUUUAGAGGAUUUGUCUGAAAACUGGUUUCAAGAAUGAAUGAAACUUUUAUACAUUGAUCACUAAUUUGCUUAGGUACCACCAACUAUUCUUGUAAUUGACACCAUUAAAGAAAGAGUCCGUGGACUUCCUGGGAGCCCGCCAUUGGCAGUGGCCUCAAGGGUUUUUUCUAGUGGAUGCCCUCACAGGUAGCUUUAUGAUCUUGAAAAUUCUUAGCUUUUAUCUAGUGAUACUAAGGGAAGAGUGAGUGGAAUCCUCAGGGUGACCGAUGACCCUGGGACACUUGGGACUGAGGUGUUCUCUGUGUGCAGGACUCUCAGUUCCAAACCUGGGAGAGUCCUGGGCGCAGUAGGAGGAACGGUCCCCCUAGGCGUUCUUACCGCUAACCCUCCCUCCCUGAAACCUUGUAAUAGUUAAGUUCAGCUGCGGCGGGACUUGUCCACAUUUCCGAUACUUGGAUUUGUGUCCUCUAGUCACUGCUGUGGAUGGAAUGUGAGAUUCAUAACAACAGCAAAUGGCACCACCGUGGUGGUGGUGAGACUAACGCUUAGUAACCCAGGGAAGGUAACCGGGGGGUUAGUGAAACAGAAGAGGCAAGUAGAUCGCUAAGUUCUUCAGAGCCUGUGUGUAUAUGGAAGUACAAAUCAUGUCUUGUGGGGUUAAUGCUAAUCUGAAAUUUACACUUUUCACAGUAAGAGAAAACUGAGUGGUGGUGUGGAUGUCUUCUCGCUUGAGGGAAGACACGGCUUUUGAUGCUCUGACCUCUGCUACAUUCCCCAGACUGCCCUGCUCAAGAAGUUAGAAUGUAGUGUUUAUUCUCAGUGACUGUCAUACUGAGAUUACUAAAUGCCUCGGCCAAUGGCAGGGGAAGAAAGUGGGUGUCCGGAUCCAGACUGAGCGGCGCCCUCAGUUGUGAUAGCCCCCUACCCCUCAGGUGCUUACCAGCUAGAAUGCCAAGCCCGGGAGGUGAGACUUUUCUAAUACAGCAUUAAUUUUGUAAUGCAGUAUAUGAGGGAUGCAGAGUCUGUCGUCGUUUCCCCGUGGUCGUCCUCAGAGCCUGCGCCCUCUGUGCACUGUGACGUAGAUGGUAGGUGUGUUCUUUGUAAGCUUUAAUCCUAUGGUUGUCAAAAGUACGACGUGGUUCCAUUUUUUCUUUUUUAAACAAGAUGAGCUGAGGCUUUAUUGCAGCUGGUUUUCAAGUUAAAAUUGUGAAAUACUGAUUUCCUUCCCUCCGCCCACACCAAAUAUUUUAGUCUAUUUAAAGUACAAAAAAAAAUAGUUCUACUUAAGAAAACAUUGCUUAAAUGUCCUGUGAUUUCUGGUCAAUUUUUAUAUAUAUUUGUGUGUGUCUGUAUGUGCUCUCACUUUUUACCUUGUUUGCUCUCUACCUGUGUUAACAGUACUUUCACCAUUGAAAGGUGAACAUUUUUCCUAGCAUUAAAGAAAAAAAGCCA